GAAUUAACCCGGUUAGGUCUUUCUGAACCGCGUCUUCUUACAAAGAGCCACAAGCCCGAUUUCGUCUUUCGCCGCCGCCACCAACAACCUCUCUCCUUCUCCAAUCUUGAAAGUCAAUUCUCCGAUCUCCUCCUUGAUUCUUCAUCCAAUCCUUCAAAUCGUUGCCCGAUUCGUUCAAUUCGCUUCGUUCUCUCUCGAUCGACCCCUUUUUCCCCUCCUGCCGUUGAGUUUUGAGAAACAUAGGGUUAGGGUUCCAGAUCUGCCAUAUUCGACGCCUCUAUUCCACCGAUCCUUCAUAGUUUUGCCUUUGAUUCGUCUUAUUGUUUGAUUUCCCCUACCGAUUUCCCUCCAAUUUUGCGGAUAAACGUGUUCCGGUCGCGUCCUUGGGGUUUCGAUUUUUUUCGGUAGUUUCGAUCUGCGUCGUCUCGUUCGAUUCUUCGAAUAGGUUGAGGGGUUUUGUUCCCUGGGCUAUUACUUUGACGAAAAAUCCCUUUUUGAUACGUCAAUUCGUUGUUUGAUCGGUGAAUUCGAAAUCUAGGGUUAGGUUUUUUUUUUGAAAAAAAUUCGAGGGCUCUGUUUGCCUAAAUUGGUUUGGGGGUUUCGUCAAUUGGCCUCUGUUGAUUGUUUCAAGUCAUUAAUUCGGUGCUCUGACGGCUAAAUUCUGCUCCAAUUGUCCAAUUUCGUCCGGAGGCUUGAACGUGAAGAACACUUAAGGUUGAUAUGGGAUAUAAAAGGCUAUUUGAUGAUACUGAUUUUCAAGAGCUUCCCUCAAAGCAAGCAAGACAGCUGGACUUCAGCACUAGAUCGACUCAGUUUGCAGAAAACCUGCCUUACAUGAGUUCUCCUAAGAAACCUGAUUCUUCAGUUAACCAGGACAAUAGGAAUGGAAAACCUCUGCGGCAUGAGGCAUCUGAAAAUGCUGUUGUGCCCAAGAAUUGCACCGAUGAGGAUGUCAGCUUCAAAGUUGCAGCUUGCUCUUCCUUAUCUCCUCAAUAUCCCGAUUAUAGGGGCCUAUGGGAAUUUAUCCCAUUCAGCAAUCUCUACAUUCCUUACUUUGACCGCUUCCCAAGAAAGCAAGUUCCUCUAGGACAAAACCAUCAAGCCAUCAUCCCUCCACUGUGUUCCAAUGUGGAGAAGCACAAGAAAGGGGCUGAAGGAUUAUCUGAGCCAGAUGCUUUGUUAAUGUCAAGCGACGACGAGAAGAAGCUAAUGGGCACUUGCAUCCUUCCGAUGCCUGAUACUGAAUGUUUCUCUCCUGACCAGGUUGGAGUUAGUGGAUCUAAUUGUUGCUGCCUAGAUUCAGGGUCACUGAGAUGCGUGCAACAACAUGUAUCAGAGUCUCGGGAUAAGCUGAAAAAAUCUUUGGGUCAUGAGAAUUUCUCGAGCUUAGGGUUUAAUAACAUGGGAGAAGAGGUAGCAUGGAAAUGGACCGAGGAUGAAGAACGUUUGUUCCGUGCUGUUAUCUAUUCCAACCCUGCAUCCUCUGGUCAGAACUUCUGGAACCACCUCACACAAGUAUUUCCUGCUCGGUCCAUGGACGAAAUUGUAAGCUAUUACUUCAACGUCUUCAUGCUUCGAAAGCGGGCGUCUCAGAACAGAUCCGAAGUCCUCGACGUCGAUAGUGAUGAUGAUGAAUUGCAUGGGAUUGAUGUAGGCUCGUAUGAAGGUGAAGAAGACUCGGAAGAAGAAGAGGAAGGUUCCGGUGUCGAAUCUCCCGUUGAGGAUUAUAGUCGUCAAUUGAACCGCGGUGAGGAUAUUGUUACUGAAGAUGACGACGAUGAUGAUGACGACGACGAUGAUGGUGAUGGAAGCAGCCACAUGGGGAAUUGUUGUUAUGGAGAUUUUACAGGAGAUGAAAACUCAGGAGGGGUUGAUUACGUCUCAGAGGGAGCACCAUGUGGUAAUAAGUCGUUUUCUGGUAACAUGUACGAUUCUGUGUUCAAACAUGCACCAGAGAAGCAUGAUGAUGACCAGACUGCUAUCCAAGAUGACUCAUGCACGUCUUUUGAGUUCCAAGCAGAUAAGGAUGAUCCUUGUUACCACCUGACAGGGGAGGGGGAGGCUGCUGCUCUUCAUGGGAGUGGAGUUGAUAAUGUUUAUGCCAAGAGUUGCUCAAGUGGUGGUCAAUUGGAUGCUUGCAGCUACAUGAUGGAUGUGGUGCCCAUACUGGAUUUUCAUAACGAUGAAGUUUUGUACAGACUCUACUCCAGUCCGGAAAAACGGCCCGCAGAAGAUGUAGCCGGAGACUAUAUGGUUCAAGAUUACUCAUGCAUGCCUUCGGAACCCGUCGGAGUUGCAGUAGAAGAUGGUGGAACUGAGAAUGGAGUAGUCUCUGGCAAAGUAGAUAGCGGGUGCAGUGAUGCGAUGGAUCUGAUUCCCAUGUUGGAUUUUCGCGAUGAGAAAGCAUGGGAUGCUAUUUUCCCGGGCUCUGUAUAGGGGGGUCUGGUUCCUGCAGCAUCAUUGAAGGGUGAAAAGAUGUGAAAUAACCAGGAAGACUGAGCAAUUGGCAACUGCUUUUCUCGGAAAGAUCAGUAGCACAUUCAUCCGUUGUUGCACUAAAGCUCAGUGCAGCUUGUGAGAUGGCCGAAGUGGCCAGGAGGAAGAAAACAGCAGGAAAAUUUGUUCUUUUCUUUUUGGCUCUCGAUGUACAUUCUUAAUGUGGCAUGGCAGUGCCACCGGCCUUUUCCCCUGUCCCAUUUUUCUUGGGUAUCAAGUGAAAUACCCAAAUUCUGGAUCAAUAGAUAGAUAUGGGGAAAGAGAGGUACUGGAAGAGCCAAUUGACAUGUAAAUAAUAUAUCUAUUCAGAUAAACUGAUUUGACUGCUCCUUGAGAAGGGCUCCCCCAUAUCAGAAAUGGUGCUCUGUUUUAGAUACUUUGUAACAGAAUGUUACCUAAACGAACUUAGAAUUAGGUGGCAAAGCUUUUUUUCUUCUCGAAAGCUACUAGCAAGCAUCCCCUGCUAGGGAUGACGUGGGGUCGGGUUUUCUCAAACCCAAAUCCAUGAGUUUAUUCGUGAAAAAAUCCGGGGGUAAAACUCAU